AUCUGUACAGUAUUUUGGACCGCUUUUUAUCUACUUUUACCAUUCAGACAUGUGUUUGAACCGCUAGAUACGCUUGAUCCACACUUUAUCUAUUAGAUCUGCUAGAACCGCUUUUGUUUCACUCGAUCCACUUGAUCCGCCAGAUCCGCAACGCUUGAUCCGCUUUCUCCAUUCGGAGCCUAAAUCCUAACUUAAACGCACUUUGUUUGGCAAUACAGUAAAAGGUCUCUUCAAUAAUAGAUUUUUAUUAUUAAUCAAAUAAAUAAAUUGCACACCACAUGUAACUAAUUUCUGAAAGUAUUUGACAUGGUCAAAUGUACCAUGCUACGAUUUUUUUUGGGACAAAUUAAGUAUUUAUUUAUAUUUUUUUUUUAAAGAGUGAAAAUUUUGACAAUUUGGCAGAUGGGAAUUGUUGGAGAGCAACUAGACAUAGAUUUUGUGAUAUCAUUUGGAGAUAAUUUUUAUGACGAUGGUUUAAAAGGAGACACUGAUACUUCUUUUGAAGCUUCUUUCUCUCAUAUCUACACUCAUCCUAGUCUACAAAAACAGUGGUAUUCUGUUUUGGGGAACCAUGACUACCGAGGAAAUGUUUCAGCACAACUAAGUCAAGUUCUCACCCAAAAAGAUUGGAGAUGGUUUUGUCGCAGAUCUUUUGUCUUAUGCUCAGGAAUGGUGGAGUUUUUCUUCGUGGACACAAAUCCAUUUGUAAAAAAAUACUUCACAGAUCCAGAAGAUCACACUUACGAUUGGAGCAACGUCUUACCCAGAAAGAAAUAUAUCUCCAACCUCUUACAUGAUUUAGAUUUAGAGAUUAAGAAGUCGCGCGCCACAUGGAAAUUUGUCGUGGGACAUCAUGGGAUCAAAACAGCAGGUCAACAUGGGGUGACCCAAGAGCUAGUAGAUCAACUUCUUCCAAUUCUAGAGGAGAAUAAAGUGGACUUGUACAUAAACGGACAUGAUCAUUGUUUGCAACACAUUGGUUCUGAAGGUGAAAUUCAAUUUCUGACAAGCGGAGGAGGAUCAAAGGCAUGGAGAGGAGAUAUUCAGCCAUGGGAUCCAAAAGAACUCAAACUUUAUUACGACGGACAAGGUUUCAUGUCUCUUCGCAUCACUCACUCUGAAGUUAAGUUCGUCUUCUAUGACAUUUCCGGCAAUGUUCUUCACCAAUCCACAGUGUCCAAAAAAUCCAAGACUUUUGGUCUCUUUUAAAGAUUAUUCCUCUAAAAAGAGAGAGAGUUAAACAUAUGAUAAUUUGAGAGUGUUUAUUUAUAAACUAUGCAUCCAUUUCGAUUGUUGUGUGGAAUAUGUGAGGCGGCAUGAUGUGGAUAUCACUGGUUUCUUUCUGCAUCAAUAUAUUAUAGCUCUACGUAACUAUAUAUAACUUCAGUGUGUGAACAUAUAUGUUUUUUAAUUAACAAGUUGGAAAUUACCCUCAUAAUUUACAUUGCCAUCAAUGAUUGCGUGGUUGAAUAAAAACCACGCUUAAGGCCAGAUUAAAGGAAGAAAGAUAUUGAACUCUCAAACUAGAAAGGGAGCUGCCUAAAAUAUUUCUCUCUCAUGUCUGACUACCAAAGCUGCCGCAACAAAAUCUUCUUCCAGCUAAUCAUCCUAGGCACGGACAUUUUACCCAAAACCGAAUCCGAAUCCAAUCCAAAAAGCUUGAACUCGAACCCGAUUCGAUCUAUAAAAAUAUCCAAACGAGUAUUAAGUUAGAGAAGAUUGGAUACUUGAUCCCAAUCGGAUAAUACCCGAUACGUGAAUGGAUAUCCAAAAUAUCUGAGAAUAU